UCUUAAAUUUUAUGCUGCCUGUAUAAUGCCGACACAUUUGCGUUUCCGAAGAAGGUCAUACCUUGGGCUUUUAUUCCUUUUCUCGCUGUCAACCUCGGCGCUGUAUUUCAUCUACUCCGCUCCUGGGAUCGUGAAUGAGUAUGUGUUCAUGGUCCAAGCCAGAGGGAUCCGGAUCAGAGAAAAUGUUAAGAAUAUCGGUGUUCAGGUCCUAGAGCAGGUGGUGAGAGGUGCCUACAGCAAUGGCACAGAUUACUCUUAUGACUUCAACAUGAGCGAUAGUGAUGCUCCUCCCACUGCAUACCUCUCUGAGGGCUACACGUACCUCCCUUCACAAGUUUGCCCUGAGAAACUACCCUCCAUGAAGGGUAGGUUGGAGGUGAAUAUGAGUGAAGUGUCACUGGAGGAUGUGGAGAGAUCCCUGCUGCAGGAAGAGUCCACUCUCGCCCCAGGAGGCCUCUGGAAACCCCAAGACUGUCUACCUCGGUGGAAGGUGGCAAUCUUAGUCCCUUUCAGAAACCGACACGAGCACUUGCCCAUCCUCCUGCGACAUCUGGUGCCAGUGCUGCAGAAACAGCGGCUCCAGUUUGGCAUUUAUGUCAUAGAGCAGGCCGGGACAGAGCCAUUUAACCGAGCCAUGUUGUUCAACGUGGGCUACAAGGAGGCCAUCAAGGAUCUGGACUGGGACUGCCUGGUCUUCCAUGAUGUAGACCACCUCAUGGAGAACGACAGGAACUACUACGGCUGCACGGACAUGCCCAGACACUUUGCGGUCAAGCUUGAUAAGUACUCAUACAUGCUUCCGUAUAAUGAGUUCUUUGGCGGUGUCAGCGGCCUAAGAGUGGAGCAGUUCAAUAAGAUUAAUGGAUUUCCUAAUGCGUUCUGGGGCUGGGGAGGAGAGGACGAUGACCUUUGGAACAGGGUGCUGUACGCCAAUUACACCGUAAGCAGGCCACAAGGAGAGCUGGGGCGCUACAUGUCCAUUGCACACCACCAUCGCGGAGAAGUCCAGUUCCUGGGCAGGUAUAGUCUUCUCCGCCACUCAAAGGAGAGGCAAAAAGUGGAUGGUCUGAACAACUUAAACUACUCCCCCCUAGUGUCCAAGAGGCCUCUCUACACCAACGUCACGGUCAGCUUGAGCAGAAAUCUUGCACCUGUAGCCGACUACUGAUGUAGGCAUAGCUGGACUGAGAACCACCUGGGAAACAAAAGUCCUCUGGGACAUCAGCCAUAUCUCACCAGUUGCGGCACUGCUGAAAAGAUUAUUAUUUUAUUUGUGCUUUCUUUCUUUUGUGGGUAUGCAAAAAGAAAAAAAAGGAGACUCAAAAUAUGUGUGUUGGCUAAAUCAUAGAAGAAAAUAGGGAUAAAUGCUGCACUUGUUUGUGCCACAGUCCACCACUCCACUCAUCUGGGAUUAUCUAGUCUUCGGUGUCCACAUGCCUUUUGCACCAUUUUGGCCUUCAGCACCCAUCAAGUCAUGAAUUUCUUUCAUUGAGUCUGCGAUUAACUCAUCCCUGCACUUCAGUUUACAUUAGUUCUAUAAGAUAGGCCGUGAGACACACCACUCUUGCACGCGCAGGUUUGGCUUAAAAGAUGAUGACGUGGUCUCUUUUUUUGCUUUUGCACUUCUUACAGGAAUGCAGUAGUCCUGUGAAAACAUUUGCAUGUACACACACACACACACACACACAAAACUUUUACCGCGUAGAAGCUUGCAGCUGGUUCUGCAAAAGGUAUGCCAAAAUCUAGAAAUAAAAAAAUGUUUUCAAUCAUCUAUACGUGAGAUAGUUUACGCUAAAUUUAGACUAUAUUAAUACCGUGCUAAUUUCUUACAUCUAUAUUUUACUCAGUCAACAUCCCAUUUGAAGACAUAUUUUCUGUUUGCGUUGUUGCUUUGGUUGCACGUGGCUGCCAGUGAGUGGCUACGGGUGGGAGCGUGUGUUGCUCGUCAUGUUAGCAAUAAGAUGUUAUAUCACAGAGAAGACUUUAGGACCCGAUUGCCUCACGAUACAGAUGCAAUAGCACAGGUGCUAGCGUAAGCUUGCAUUGGACCACAGAGAGGGAACGAGUGCGUAUGUAAACGUUGCGUUCCACGCACUUUUGCCUGAGUCAACAUGCCACCUAACGAAGAACAAUGUGUUCUCAGAACUUCUGAGUCUCUGUUAGCGAGGGAGAGCCUAUGCAAACGGCUUGUAUGGAUCAUGUUGUCGUGUCAUCAGAGCCAGAGUGGCAGGAUUGACUUCAGACCCCACUUUGUUUGCGGCGUGUAAUCACAGACCUUUUUUUUUUUUUUUUUUUUUUUUUUUUUUAAAUGUGCGCUCACCUCUGUUUUCACACGAGUGAACUGGAGGUAGAGAUACUUGAUUGCUGUCAGUAUCCGGAUGGUGUUUACAGAAGCGUUUAUUUGACAGAUUGUUUGAAAAUGUGAGCCCCUCCAAACCCGCCUGCUGGAAAACUCUUUAACAAUAUAUAGAUGCUUAGCUUUUGUAAUAUUAUUUGAAAGCUAAAAUGUCGUCUUUAGCUUCCAUACCAUCGAUUAUCAACCCUGUCAGGUUGUUUCAUCGAGUGGCGUGCAGUCUAACAUUGUGCAUUCAAAACUCGGCAAUGCUCUGCAAGCACACCAGUCAAAUCCUUGAUUUGUGUGUGCUUUUCAUUGACCGUCUCAACCAAAAUAUUUGGCUCCUUGAAUAAAAAAAAAAUAGCUAUCAUACAGACAUCCUUUUCACGGUCUGUCCUCGAGUCACAAAUCUACUCCAUUUCACACAAAUCGCCUUGUAUGCAUUUUAGAUGUAUGUUUUUCUUUUUGUGGGUCGGGGAGAUGAAUUACUUUUGUUCUCACAGUGAGGCUGGACCUCUUUUUAUUUAUUUGAUCUCAUAUGGAUUAUUUUCUAUAAUUGUUCCAGGUUUUUUUGUUUUUCUAAUUUCUCACAGUUGAUGCGAUGAUAAUGAUGUGACGUAUGACAGGCUGAAUAGUGUAGUCGUGUGUAUUCGCGUGGGGUUAUGAGGUUCGGAUCCUGUGUUCAAACCCGGGAGCCGCUUUAUUUCAUGCAGAUCUGAGGUCUGAUGAAAUAGACCGGUACCCUUUUAAGGUGGUGUGCGUUCUCUGCUCAGCAGACACGUCUGAGGAUGCCAUUUUGUGUGACAACCGCAGGAAGAGCUAGAAAGCAAAUUAAAUGGUAGUUGUCCAUGUCUUUCAGUGAGCACCUCCAUUUAAACAAAGUAAUAUAUAUAAUCAGUGGCACUGACCUAUUUGAGAGCUUCUUCCUCACAAGUGUCCAUUGUGCUUAUUCCCAGUAAUUCCAAGCGCUCGUGGCAACCAGCACCAACAGCAACAGUACAAUCAUCCCUCUCCAACUGUCUCCCAUCAACAAAUCUGCGUACAUCUCCAAGUGAAAGGGGGGGGUAAUUUGGCACUAAAAUGGAAUCCGUUUUAUUUGAUAAAUCUACAAAGUGUGACUGAAAUCAAAUUAUACAUAAUGCAAUGCAGCAUUUCCCAGAGGAAAUAAUGUAAAUCAAAUUCAUUCAUUCCAAGCACCCAAAAGAAUUUACAAAACAUUAGGUACAAAAACUUAAAUAAAUAUAAAUGACUAAUGAAGUGGACGGAUUAAAAUUAACAUCACUUUUGCCUUUAUUUAAGAUACUUGAUGGUGAUACUUGAAUACUUUAGUAUUUCUGGCCUUCAGCAAAUGGCUGGCACUCAGAACUUUGUGUUGUAGUAUGUAAAAAGGGAUCAACAGACAGCAAUGCAUAUUCCAUAAUGCAAGCGUUUAUUAACAAGUCUCCCGGCCUGCUUGGAAAUAUUGGGACAGGUUGAACAACAUCUUGUCAAAAAUCUGGCAUUCAAAAUAAAAGCACAACAGUUUCAUCACACUUUAUUUGAAAUUGUGGUGGCUUAUUUAGCAGUCACCUCCAAACUCAUUUUGUGCCUGUUCAUUGAGUGUAAGAAAAUGUAGGAAAAUGGUGAUGACGUGGUAAAUUUAUUAUACUGCCAGCUUUUAUUUCAACGAUCAGAUUUAUGAUAGGAUGUAUUGCACUGACAUUGCAGGAUUGUUGUAGAGGAAGCCGGGACGGUUGUUAAUAUUAGCUUGCAUUAUGGAAUACAAUAUUCUUGGCCUCUGUUGAACUUUCACAUACAACUUACAAAAAUCAGAAGAGCCUGCAGUCAAAGAGUGUCAUAACCAAGCGUGAAAGGGGUGCUCAGUGGAAGUCAUGGAUAGUCCCAGCAUUUGUGUGAAAACAUCAGCGCUUCUCCAUGCGUGUUUGAGUGAAAUGGCAAAACCCUUCAGAGGUGCAACUGCACUAAUUCUAGAGUUGAGGUUUUCAUAGGUUUUUUUAGUUUUAUUUUGUUUUCCUGCACUGAUAAUGACUUAUAUAGGAACCUGGUAGUGAGCCAACUCUACAGGUUCUUUCCUUUCUCGACACUUAACAUGAUACACUGUAUAUCUUUUUCUUUAUCAUUGCUCUAAAUUAAAAGCUCAAUGGACAUGUAGAAAGAGCCAAAUGGUUGUUAGGAGCAUUUACAUGAAGAUUUGACACUGAUAUUGCUCGCAAUAGGAAGAGACCCGAUUGGUCAUAUAGUCAGUAUUUGGCUUUAUCUUCCACAAUGUAGAACAAGCAGCUUUCAUCCGCCUGCUGAUAUAAAAAUGUUUGGGUUCUUGUCCCCAUGACAGCUAGACUGGCUUGUAAACUCUAAAUCAGUCUGAACUCUCGUGCUUUUGUCUGAAACAGGAAAUUGUUUUCAGUUGGUGAUAAGAGCAUGCUGGCCAGUCAUGUACCUCUCUCUAUAUAUAUUGUAAAUGGUUUCAGUCCAGACAAAGACCGAGUCUGCUGCUCAUGGUACCAUAACCUCACCUGUUCUGAUCCAUUCUAUGCUGGUUUAAAUGAAGGAACCAUACUUGGGCAUCUGACAAAACUGGCAGCCUUAAAAGCUUCUUAAUUUAUUGCAGUGUUUUUCACUCAAAAUUUUUUAUUUCCUUUUUUUUUUUUUUUUUUUUUUUACAAGCAAACAUUUAAAUUUCAAUAAGUGCAUAUCAAGUCAUACAUCAUUGUAAAUAUUGUUGUGUGUAGUGUUUUAGAAAAAUCUAUAAGGUCUUAAAUUUACUACAGAUGGUAGCAUAAAGAACAAGGAUUUGGAGUGGGUUUGGCUGGUACGGGUGCCAUUUAAGUAAAGCUUGCACAGCGGCAUCAAAGUUUUUACAUCACUGCUUCCCAGCACAGAAUUUUUUUUAAACAAAAGCAAAUUACAAUAUUAUCCCCUCCACCCCUCCAAAUUUUGAUUUGCAGACGCGUUCUGCUUUCAAGUGGCUUCCCCACUCUUAAGAUAUUGAUAUCAAUGAGCUGUGUCACGGCAGAAGUGGGCACCUGCCUGUGUAUCUUUUUUAUUUUUUUUCUUGCUUGCGACGUCUUCGAGGGUGAGUGAUGAGUGUGCAGCAAGGCGUCUGCCAAAAACACCGUGUGCUUUAAAUGCGACAAAAAUACUGGCACCCAAACCAGCAACGCAAUCGGCUCCAAGAUCUGCUUUGAUUUAUUUUCUAUGAAUCAAUGUGAACCAAUAAGGACGAGAAAACAGACUCCACUGAAACAUUAAUUAAUAAAUUAUUGACAUUAUAUUGUCCCAGAUUUUAAAGAGGGGCAUGCUCCUCGAAUUAGUCACCCUAAGCCACUUGUCAAAACUUGAUGUCAGCCUUAUGUGGAUCUGUUUGUGUAUUGGCAUAUUUAUCUUUUGAUUAUUGAAAUUUGUAUGAUGGGGAUUUUCUUUUAUACCAUCAUUGUUAUUGUCAAAGUACACCAAUAAAAAAA